UGGUCUUGGCAUGGUCAUAUGAUUUGCUUCUCUUUACAGUCUGUCAGUUUUGCAUGAAUUUUAGUAUUUGAUAUUCGGAUGAGAUAAAUUUGGCUAUCUACGUGAAACAAACUAUAUUAAAGCUAUUGCUAUGAUGUUCCGUGUUGAAUAUACAGCACUUUAAUGGUCGCUUACAGAAGGUUACAGUAGCUCUAGCCAAGUAGUUAAAUAGGAGCAACUAGCUAGCUAGUUAACAUUAUGGCUUUACCUUUUAUAUUAAAAUCGUAAUGUUCCAAAUCUUCACUUAUAUAUAAGACCAUGCAAUAUUACUGUGUACUUGUGUUUGUUUUGGCGAAUCUUCUCAAAUACGUGAAUUCCCAGCUACCAAAUUUCGUUCUCAUAUUUGCCGAUGAUCUGGGAUUUGGAGAUUUGGGUAGCUAUGGACACCCGAGUUCAAUUACUCCCAACCUGGAUAAACUAGCUUCCAACGGGCUUCGUUUCACCGACUUCUAUUCAUCCAGUCCCGUCUGUAGUCCAUCCAGAGCAGCCCUGCUCACUGGUCGCUACCAGACGCGCUCUGGAAUAUAUCCCAGUGUGUUCUCUCCGGGCUCAAAAGGAGGACUCCCUCUGAAUGAGACGACCAUAGCCGAGGUCCUGAAGCCCCGGGGUUAUGUCACUGCCAUCGUCGGCAAGUGGCAUCUGGGUGUGGGGCCUGACAGAAUGUACCUGCCCACCAAUCAGGGCUUUGACCACUACCUUGGGGUGCCCUACUCCCAUGACCAGGGCCCAUGUCAGAACCUGACCUGCUUUCCUCCAGACAUUAAGUGCUUUGGGGUGUGUCACCAGGACCUUGUCACAGUCCCCCUCAUGGCCAAUGACACGAUUAAGCAGCAGCCAGUCAGCUUCCUGGAUCUGGAGAAGACUUACAAUGACUUUGCCACCCAGUUCAUAUCCACAUCCAUCAGAAGGAAGCAGCCCUUCUUCCUGUACUUUCCCUCACAUCACAUGCACCAGCCCCAGUUCGCCGGGCAGGGAGCCGCGGGAAAGGCCCUCAGGGGUCCGUUUGGGGACGCCCUGCUAGAGCUGGACAGCACUGUGGGAAACCUCGUUCAGACCCUGGAGGACCUUGGCGUUAGCAAAAACACCUUGGUGUUCUUCACCUCUGACAACGGGCCGUCGUUACUGCGGAUGACCCGUGGGGGUAAUGCGGGCCUGCUGAAGUGUGGGAAGGGUACCACCUUUGAGGGGGGCAUGAGAGUGCCUGCCAUUGCGUACUGGCCUGGGGCGAUAAGACCAGGUGUUACACAUGAGCUCGCCAGCACUCUGGACCUCCUGCCCACCAUUGCAGGGCUGGCUGGUGCAAAACUACCCAGAGUACAACUGGAUGGGUUUGACAUGAGUGACAUCUUAUUCAGACAUGGACCGAGUAAGAGGGAAGCCAUGUUCUACUAUCCAAUGUUCCUGAAUGAGACGUAUGGGCUGUUUGCUGUCCGGCUUGGGAAAUACAAGGCCCACUACUACACGCAAGGCUCAUCUCUGAGUGACACCACCCCCGAUCAGGCCUGUCACAGGACCGCCCCCCUCGAGCCUCACGACCCUCCGCUGCUCUUUGACCUGGAGGCCGACCCCUCGGAGAACUACAACCUGGCCACGCCCGAACACCCCGAGCUGGAGGCCGUGCUGCAGCAGAUCCAGCGUGUGAAGGCCGAGUUUGAGGAGGGCAUGGUGUUUGGCGAGGCCCAGAUAGCAAAAGGGACUGACCCAACACUGGAGCCCUGCUGCACACCGCAGUGCACCCCCAAACCAGCCUGCUGCACCUGCGGCUAGAGAAAAUGCGGGCAAGGUACUGACACCAGACCUGAGACACAACAACAAGAUGGAACUGAAAGAUUGCGGGCUCUCUUAAUCAACUACAUGGAAUAGCCUACAGAAAGAGCUGAAGCUUAAGAAUGUGUUUCCUCUCAAUGAGUUCAAGGCAGUCGUUAAGGCUAUGGAAACAAACUCAAUUGGGAACUCUCAUUGCUUUGAAUAAGCUCUUAUCUAGCUUCUGACUGCACUUAUUUGUUUCUUUUGCUCUCUUCUCCGCUCUAUCAUGCUCGCUGAUACUUAUGUUGGUUAUAUGAUUUUAUGCUUUAGUUAUGGUUUUGUAUUGUCUAACUUUUUUUUAUAUUGUCUAAUUGCCUUCUUGGCCAGGCCUCCCUUGGAAAAGAGAUCUUUUGAAUCUCAAUUGGACUAUCCUGGUAAUAAAUAAAAAUGAACAAAAAUAACACUAA